AUGGAUUCCAUAAAAAACCAGAACUUGGAUUCCAUAAAAGAAAAAAAAACAGAUUCCAAUGAUGAACCGAUUCCAAUUCUAGCAGAGAGCAAUCUGAGAAAUUCCACGAUCGAAAUCAUGAGAUUCGGGGGCGGUUGCAUCGACUUCUCCGACCGCCCCACCGUGGGUAUUUUCGCCUUCGAGGUCGCCGACGCCAUGGCGCGCCUCGUCUCCCUCCACCGUACCCUCGCCGACGACCACUUCCUCCCCCUCCGCGACAACAUGUGUUCCGUCGGCGUCGCCAAUUUUUUCUCCACGGACCCAUCCUUCCUCGUCCGCGCCGAGCUAGUCGCCGACCUCGACGCGGUGGCCGCCACCGUCGCGCGCUUCUCCGUCAAGUGCCGCAACCCUCUGUUACGUGGCUUCGAUCGCUUCUACGGUAGCGUCAAGGCUGCUGCACUCCGCCACGGUCGCGUAGCAGAUUUGGACCUCCUCGGGCUCGGCUCGAUGGUGAAGAGUGACGCGAAGGUGAUCAAGAAGAUGGAGAAGUACGUGGCUUCGACCUCCCUGCUUCACGAGGAACUCCUCAACCUCGAGGAGUCGGAGAAGGCGCAGGACUCUGAGCAGUUUCCAAAACAGAGGAAACAUGGCACGGCGCUGGAGGAUCAGCGCCUCAACGUCCGGUGGCACAAAGAGAGAUCUUUAUGGAGCUGGACCUUCGACGAGGUCGUCCGACCUAUGGUCGGCGCCGUCUUCACCGUCAUGGCCAGGAUCUAUGAAGUCUUCGCCGCCCAAAUCCUCUGUUCGCCACCUCUGCCGACGGCGAGAAACCAUGGCCGCAUCCUGCAUUUCCCCAGCACCGGCCUCAAUUUCUUCAACACGCUGUCAUCAAGGAUGUUCGACAGGACAUCGUCGGCGGCAAAGGACGUCCCCAUAACCAUCGAAAAUCUCCCUUCUCUGAAAGCCUCGCCGAGCACCGUCGGUGGCUCAGGCUUGUCGUUCCACUACAAGGAAUUGAUCGUGAUUGCGGAGUCUUUAUUUGCACGCUGGAAGUUAGACAACGACGCGGAUGCGCAUGCGGGCCUGAUGCCGAUGAGACAGAUAGAGACCGCGGUCGGAGACGCGCUGCGCCAUAAUAUGACGCCGUUGAUGCGGCGCAAGGUGAGGGCGAAGCUGAAGGAGAUCCGGCAGAUGCCGUCGUCGUCGUCAAUGGAAGCGGACCGGUGGAGGAAUGAAUUAGAACGGAUCUUGGGUUGGCUGGGGCCGGUGGCGCACAACACUACGUGCCGGUUGGUGGAGGAGCUCAGCGAGGAGCGAUUCUUUGGUUGCCCCGCGGGUGUUGCUGUCGCAGACGCUUCACUUUGCGGAUCGGAAUCUGACGAAGACCGCCAUCGUCGACGUCUUCGUUGCGCUCAGCCGCCUUUUGUGUGUGGGUCCCAUAUGAGCAAACACAGACGCAAAAGGCCCCAACAUUUCUAA